GCAGAGUUGGAUACAAAAAAAAAACUCAAAAAAAUCAUAAUUCAAAUAAUGUACAAAUAAUUUGUUGCCUUGUGAGAAACUAGCCAUUCAGCCAUCAUCCUCUCCAAGUCGUUUGCCAAUCACUACGAGGUCCGUCACCACUGAUGUAAACAACCAACAACUCUGUUUAAUUGCAUAGGUUUUUAGUACGCCUGGUAUGGAUUCAAUAUAUUUAUUUCAUAAAUAAAAAAAAUGAAUAAAUAAGUUGUAUAUGACUGGAAACGGAAAGAAAAAGAUCCGUAGAAUGCCGAUAAAAUGUCGCACAUGCGGUUUGGUGGCGGAACAUGGCAGGAAACUCUUCGAUGAGGACGGUAGGGGCUAUUUGCAAAAUAUCCUCGACCUGACGGGGAUUUGGUUAACCGACCAGUACGGAGUGCCCACAAAAAUUUGUUUGUCCUGCCUACUCGACCUGAACGCAGCUGUCGCCUUUCGCCAACGAUUAAUCAGGACAAACUACUUUUGGCAGGAAGCCUUGAUCACUUUAGAUAAGACUAAGGAUACAAACAUUAGUAGUCCUAAAAAAAAUGAUCCUAGAGUGGAGAUAGUACCCGUCAGUACUUCAAAACGCAAGAGCUCAGUAAGGAAGAAAAUAACACCUUUACGCAACAGGAAAUCGGAUCAGAUCCCAUUGCGUUCCAAGGUCUCAAAAGAGGAAGAUUUCGUUUUGUUUUCCCCCGAAGACUCUUUAGAUCCGUCAAAUGGCGAAGAGGAUCUCAUCGAGGUGAAAAACGAACCUCUUUUUUCAGACAUAGAGCUUGAAGAUUCCGGAAGACGAGAUAGUCAACCGUUAAAGAGGGUGGAAAUAUAUAAAGAACCAACACCACUUGAUGAAGCGAAGAAGAACUGUGAAAGAGCAGCAGCUAGAAGGACUAGAGCCAAGGAGCAGGCACUCUUUUUUUGCGAGCAGUGCGGCAAAACCUUCAACGAAAAGGGUAGCUUCGAUCUCCAUCUCCUGCGGCACUCAGGAUUGAAGCAGUUCCAGUGCAACGAGUGCGAACGCAAGGAGUUCUCCGCCCACCUGCUCAGGUUGCACGUGCGGAUCAAGCAUCGCGGCGAAAAGCCUUAUAAGUGCAAGUACUGUGGCCAGAGAUUCGACAUAUGCAUUAAGAGAUUGCGCCACGAACGGAGGCAUGAGCAGGGUUCUGAAGCGGCACCUGAAAAAGGUGGUGCAACAUUACAAGAAAACAAAUUAUCGGUGAAGGAUCAGUUAGAGACCAAGGAGUUUUAAAGAGCCGAGACCAGCAAAAUGACCGCGCUGUGUCGCACUUGUGGCCAGGGGGCGGAGCAUGCCAAGACGCUCUUCGACAAGGAAGG